AAACAAGCGCCUACGCACUCUGACCUGAACUUCAACCUCCUCGACGCAUCCUCGCCAUGGCUUCGCACGACAACGACCCCUUCUACCUUAGAUACUACACCGGCCACUCUGGAAAACACGGACACGAGUUCCUCGAAUUCGAGUACUCGCAUGGUCGUCUUCGAUACGCGAACAACUCCAACUACCGGAACGAUAGCUUGAUUCGCAAGGAAAUGUGGGUUGGGCCGCUGGUGGUGAAGGAGUUGAAACGCAUCGUGGAAUCGAGCGAAAUCACAAAAGAAGACGACACGAACUGGCCCAAGAAAAACAUCGUCGGCAAGCAAGAGCUUGAGAUCCGGGUAGGCAACGACCACAUCGCGUUCGAGACGGCCAAGCUAGGGUCCUUGGUUGACAUCCAAGACAGUGAGGACCCUGAGGGACUGCGGGUCUUCUAUUACCUUGUCCAGGAUCUCAAGUGUCUCAUUUUCUCGCUCAUUUCCCUGCACUUCAAAAUCAAGCCCAUUUAGUCACGAUAUACUUGCUGCCCGGACGUGGUUUGUCUUCAUCGGUCUGGUGUAUGUAGUAGUAUGUCGCUGAAUCUUACCUGCUGCUCCCGUGUUAUGUCUCUUGCUCGAACAGUGCAUGUACUCUUUACUUUUGGCACUGCCAAGUAACGAAGCUCACUACAGGACAGUCUUGUCAAUGGACCGUUCGCAUGGAGAGGAGCUAGUCUCCUGCAGAGGUACCUAUUCGUCGAGGUCUCGGCUCUUGAUGUGCGGAGCAACACUGUACAACCGUCCGUCUGCGCUGGCAAUUUGCAAUGAACAAUGCUCGCCACGGUUUGCACAGGACCGCAGGAUAAUGAUGCGC